AUGCCUUCUUUAUCUCUCUUAGCCUUUGCUUGUUGCAUUCUUGCUUUUGUCAACUCUAACGCUGACAAAGUGAACUAUGGAGCUGCCCUAACCAAAUCUUUGUUGUACUACGAAGCACAAAGAUCGGGAGCGUUACCCCCUAGCCAACGUGUGAAUUGGCGAGGCAAUUCAGCUGUUAACGAUGGCAAAGCUGCCGGGGAGGAUCUUGUGGGAGGAUACUAUGAUGCCGGAGACAACGUUAAAUUUGGUUUUCCAAUGGCUUUUACUGUGACAAUGCUUGCAUGGAGUGUAGUGGAAUUUGGGCCACAACUUCUGGCAAAAAACGAGUUAUCUAAUGCUUUGGCUGCCAUCAAAUGGGGAACUGAUUAUUUCAUCAAAGCACACCCACACCCUAAUUUUCUUUAUGGUCAAGUGGGAGAUGGUUUCUCAGAUCAUGCGUGUUGGAUGAGGCCCGAGGAUAUGACAACACCGAGGACUGUUUAUUGGAUUGAUGAGCAACAUCCUGGAGCAGAUCUUGCAGGGGAAACUGCAGCUGCAUUUGCAGCUGCUGCAUUGGCGUUUAGGGGAACAAGAUAUUCAUUCCAACUUAUUCUCCAUGCCAAACAGUUAUUUGAUUUUGCUGUAAAAUAUCCUGGCCAGUACCAAAACAGCAUUUCCUCGGCCGCAAAUUUCUAUUCUAGCAGUGGAUAUGAGGAUGAAUUAUUGUGGGCUGCUGUAUGGUUAGAGCGUGCCACUGGAGAAAAACAAUACCUAGAUUUCAUCACUAAUUCCACGAAUAUAGGAGGCACCAGACAAAUGUUUUCAUGGGACGACAAAUAUGUCGGAGCUCAACUCCUCGUUGCAAAGGGCAUUCUUGAGGGAAAAUAUCCGGGAAAUGGAAAUUUGGGACAAUACAAAAACUAUCUCGAGCAAUUUAUCUGCAAUUGCCUUCAGAAAGGCAGUAACAAUGUGAAAACUACUAAUAAUGGGCUUCUUUGGUGGCAAGAUUGGAAUAAUCUUCAGUAUGUCACAAGUGCAUCAUUUAUAAUGACUACUUAUUCCCAUGUCCUUACUGCCACAAAGAAUACCCUCCAGUGCCCUGCUGGAAAGAUCCCACCGGAAUAUCUGAUACAUGUAGUCCGAUCACAGGUUAAUUACAUACUCGGGGUAAACCCUCACCAAAUAAGUUACAUGGUCGGGUUUGGAGAAAAGUAUCCACAACAGGUUCACCAUCGAGGAGCAUCAAUUGUGUCGAUCAACCAAAAUCCUACCCCGGUAACUUGUCAAGGAGGGUUCACAGCUUGGUUUCAUAGAAAUGCACCAAACCCUAAUGUUAUUGAUGGUGCAAUAGUUGGAGGACCAGGUCAAAAUGAUGAAUAUACAGACUCGAGGGAAAAUUUUCAGCAGGCUGAGGCUGCAACUGCCAACAGCGCACCUUUUGUUGGAGUCUUAGCAUAUUUUGCAUAA